CUUUCUCGUCUUAAUAAUAUCCCACGAGUGUUGAUAUUCAGUUAUAUUAAUCUCCGCUUUGUUUUGCUAGUUUCUUUAUUUACAUUUUGUUUGUGUUUCCGUAGCAACGAGGUUUUAAACACGAUGUGUUGUGAGCUAAGCUAGUUAGCUAGCCUAGUUUGUUUACAUCUCUAACUUCCAGGAAGGGGAACAUCUUUUCAUUUUCUUCUGCUACUUAAGUGGUUAAAGAUACGUGACCGACACAUGUAUCCUCUAGGAUGACGUCAUCCAGGUGUCCUCUAGGAUGACGUCGUUCCACCAGGAGGAGCCGAGAUGAGGGUUUUCUCCGGGCCGGCGGAGCUGGUCGCGGGCUUCUGUCACUCGGACCGGCGCGACCCGUUCCCCGCGUGGCGCGACGGGCGCGUCGGCCCGUGCUUCAACCGCCUCGUCCUCGGAGCCUUACCUCACGCGGCCAUGGCCGUCUCCAGCGCCUGGUACCUCGGCGUGGCGAGGCGUGACCUCCUCCAGGCUCCGCCCCCGCGCGGCUGGGCGCUCCGGCAGCUCGCCGCCCUGCUGGCGGCGCUGCUCUUCGCGGCCGACGGCGGGCUGGCGAGCCUCCUGCGGCGGGCGGACUUGUACCCGGACCUCCUGGCCGACGGCUGCGCCCUCGUGGCCUGGCUGGUCCACUGCGGCGCCGCCGCGGCGCUCCGGCGCUCGUCCCUCGGGAGAGCCAGAGGACCUCCCGCGCUGCUGCUGCCGGUCCUCCUGACCGUCCCGUACCUGGUCGUCACGCUGGUGACUUACGGCGACGCCCGGCAACACCUGAGCCCGGCGGCGCGGCCCGUGGAGUUCGCUCGCUUCGUGCUCGCCGCCGCCCGCGCGCUGCCGCUCCUGGUUUACCUCCUGGCAUUCGCGUUCCCCUGCGUCGGCGCCGCCGCCUACACGCGUCUCCCGGACACGGGCGACAUGGUGGGCGAGGACGGCAGCGGCUGCGUCUCUCGGCUCUUCUACCUGUGGCUCACGCCGCUCCUCCUCCGAGGGCGGCGAGGGGAGCUGGACGGACCCGCCGACCUCUAUCACCUCCCUCGGAAGCUUCGCACCGCCGUGGUUUGGCGAUACUUCCACCAGUGCUGGGAGGCCCGGCGGGCGGGGGGGGCGGCGAGUAGCGGGCGCGACCUUUGGCCUCGGCCGGUCGGCAGGAACCUCCUGAGCGGCACCUGGAGCUCACGCCACCAGGAGGACCCGCUGCAGCUGGAGGGCGACGUGGGCCUGCUGGGCGUGCUGCACGCGGCGUUCGGGCGGCGCUACUUCGCCCUCGGCGUGCUGAAGGUGGCGGUGAGCAUGCUGAGCUUCGCGGGCCCGCUGCUCCUCAGCAGCCUGGUGACCUUCAUGGAGGACGCGGCGGCUCCGAUGGGCUGGGGCGCCCGCUGCGUCCUGGGGCUCUUCGGCGCCACCCUGCUCUCCUCCCUCCUCCAGAACGUCUUCGCCUUCGAGGUCUCCAAGGUGGCGCUGGCGGCGCGCGCCGCCCUCGUGUCCGCCGUGUACGGCAAAGCGCUGCAGGUGAGCGGCUGCAGCCUGGCGGGCGCCGCGCUGGGCGAGGUACUCAACCUGAUGAGCACGGACGUGGACCGCGUGGUCAACUUCUUCGGCAGCUUCCACGAGCUGUGGAGCAUGCCGCUGCGCUUCGCCGUCACCCUCUACCUGCUACACCUGCAGGUGGGCGUGGCCUUCCUCGGCGGGCUGGGCGUGGCUCUGCUGCUGGUGCCGCUCAACAAGGUGCUCGCCUCCCGCAUCCUGAGCAACAACCGGUGCAUGCUCGGCCACAAGGACAGCCGCGUGAAGCUGAUGACGGAGGUCCUCUUCGGCAUCCGCGUCAUCAAGUUCUACACCUGGGAGCCUCAUUUCGCCCGUAAGGUCGCCGGCUGCCGCGAGCGCGAGCUGUCUCACCUCAAGGCCAUCAAGUACCUGGACGCCAUGUGCGUCUACACCUGGGCCGCCCUGCCCGUGGUCAUCUCCAUCCUCACCUUCGUCACCUACGUGCUGCUGGGCCACCAGCUGACCGCGGCCAAGGUGUUCACCACGCUGGCCCUGGUGGGGAUGCUCAUCGUGCCCCUCAACGCGUUCCCCUGGGUGCUCAACGGCAUCCUGGAGGCCAAAGUGUCUCUGGAGAGAAUCCAGCGCUUCUUCCGACUGAAGAACCAGGACCUGCCGGCGUACUACGCCCUCGUGUCCCCUGAAGACAGUGAGACGGCGGUCCUGUUGAGUCGAGGCUCGUUCUCCUGGCAGCGGCCCGACGGCGAGGAAGAUGCUGCAGCAGGAAGUCUGCAGCUCCACGGCCUCACGCUGCGCGUCACCAAGGGCUCCCUGGUGGCCGUGGUGGGGAAGGUCGGCUGCGGGAAGAGUUCCUUACUGGCCGCGCUCACCGGAGAACUCAACAGGCUGAGUGGCGUUGUGUACGUGGCGGGCCGUGAGUCCGGCUUCGGCGUGGCGUCCCAGGAGCCGUGGAUCCAGAAUGCAUCAGUGCGUGACAACAUCCUGUUUGGCAGAGACUAUGACUCCGCCUCCUACCAGGCGGUGGUCGAGGCCUGCGCCCUCAAGGACGACCUCAGCGUUCUGCCGGACGGGGACCGGACCGAAGUGGGAGAGAACGGCGUGACGCUGAGCGGAGGGCAGAAGGCCCGCCUGGCGCUCGCCAGGGCCGCCUACAUGGACAAAGACAUCUACCUCCUGGACGACCCGCUGGCGGCCGUGGACGCCGACGUGGCCGAGCACCUCAUGAAGAAGUGCGUCGUGGAGCUCCUCGGGGGGAAGACCAGAAUCCUUUGCACGCACCGCGUGGAGCUGGUGGGCGGAGCCGACAUGGUGGUCCUCAUGGACAACGGGACCAUCGUCAGAACGGGAACGCCGGCGGAGGUCCUCCCUCUGGUCGAGGCCGCGCCGAAAAAACGGAAGAAUGACCACGACGAGAAAGAGAAAGAUGGUGUGGAGGAGGAGCAAGAGGAGGAGGACCCGGGUUCGUCCCAUGACCCGUGUGUGGAGCGUGACCCCGACCCGAUGGGGGCGGAGCAGAAGCAGGCAGGCGGGUUGGCGUGGAGAGUCUACCAGACCUACUGGGUCGCUGUGGGCGGCGUGCUGGCCACCGCCAUCCUGACAUCGCUGCUCCUCAUGCAAGCCUCGAGGAAUGCUUCUGACUGGUGGUUGUCUCACUGGGUCUCCCAGCUGAAGAACAACGGUUCCUCCAGAACCAACGGCUCCUCUCCGGGUUCCUUCAGCUCACCUCACCUGCUGCUCUUCUCACCUGGAGGGUUAAUGUGUCCUCUCUCCUCGCUGCAGACGGCGCCCUCGAGCAACGGGAGCGGCGAUGUGGAGUUCUACCUGGCGGUGUACGGCUCCGUGGCGGCGGCCAACACCGUCUUCACGGCGCUCAGAGCCUUCCUCUUCGCCUACGGGGCCGUCUGCGCCGCCAAGGCCCUCCACGACCGACUGCUGGACCGGGUCCUCAAGGCCACAGUCUCCUUCUUCGACACCACCCCGAUGGGCCGCAUCCUCAACCGCUUCUCCUCGGACCUGUACGCCGUGGACGACAGCCUGCCCUUCACCCUGAACAUCCUGCUGGCCAACGCCGUCGGCCUGCUGGGCACGCUGGUGGUGAUUGGCUACGCGCUCCCCUGGGUGCUGCUGCUGCUGCUGCCGCUGGCGCUGCUCUACCACCGCACGCAGCGCUUCUACCGCCACACGUCCCGCGAGCUGAAGCGCCUGUGCAGCGUCACCCUGUCGCCCAUCUACUCGCACUUCUCCGAGACGCUGACCGGGCUCGGCACCAUCCGGGCCAGCGGCCACUCGGCCAGGUUCCAGGAGGAGCUCGCCCGGCGUCUGGAGCAGAACCAGCGCUGCCUCUUCCUGAGCAACGCCGCCAUGCAGUGGCUGAGCAUCCGCCUGCAGCUGAUCGGCGUCGCCGUGGUGACCGGCCUCGGGGCGCUCGCUGUCGUCCAGCACCGGUACGGCACCGUCGACCCCGGGCUGGUGGGCCUGGCCCUGUCCUACGGCCUCUCCGUCACGGACCUGCUGUGCGGCCUCGUGUUCAGCUUCACGCAGACGGAGAUGCAGCUGGUGAGCGUGGAGCGGACCGAGGAGUACGCCACGGACCUCGCCACCGAGCCGCAGGGCGCCGGCGCCCAGCUGCCGCCGGCAUGGCCGGCUCAGGGCGGCCUGGAGUUCCGCGGCGUGGUUCUGGCCUACCGGGCCGGCCUCCCCAACGCCCUGGACGGGGUCAGCCUGGCGGUGCGACCCGGGGAGAAGGUGGGCGUCGUGGGACGCACCGGCUCCGGAAAGUCCACCCUAUUCCUGGCCCUGUUUCGUAUGGUGGAGCUGAACCAGGGCCAGAUUCUCCUGGACGGGCUGGACAUCAGCACUGUGGGCCUGGCUCAGCUCAGGUCCAGGUUGGCCAUCAUCCCUCAGGACCCCUUCCUGUUCAGCGGCUCCGUCAGGGAGAACCUGGACCCGUGCGGCCGCCACCCGGACCGGCAGCUGCUGGACGUCGUGGCCCAGUGCCACCUCGGCCCGGUGGUGGACCGGAUGGGCGGUCUGGAUGCUGAGGUCGGGGAAAGAGGAAAGUUCUUCUCGGUGGGCCAGCGCCAGCUGCUGUGUCUGGCCAGAGCUCUGCUGACCGAGGCCAAGGUCCUGUGUAUCGACGAGGCGACAGCCAGCGUGGAUCAGAAGACGGACAAACUGCUGCAGCGGACCAUCAGAGAGAGGUUUCAGGACCGCACCGUCCUCACCAUCGCACACAGGAUCAACACCGUCAUGGACUGCGACCGGGUGCUGGUGAUGCAUGCUGGGAAGGUGGCGGAGUUCGACACGCCGGCCGCGCUCUACCCAAACGAGCCGCUCCGCCUCCCGCCGGCCGGCCGGUAGGAGAUGGAGAGCGAGGCGGCGGGAAUAAAAACGAUUUAUUUUUAUAUUUUGAUCCCCGGGAGAAAAAGUUCCACUGAGAACUCGCUGACUUAUGAAAAAACUCUUCUGUGGGAGCAGGGAAACGGGGAAUGCCUUGCUCAAGGGUUCUGUUUCACCUGAAGUGAGGAUGUCGGUUUACUGGAUAUCUUUCCUACUUUAUGCUGACAUUUAGUUUCUUUUAAUUGAUGUUUGAAAAAAAACUGUACUGCAAUAUUUUCAGAAAUCAUCCUAAUAAUUGAAUUGUUUUUUUUUAGAGUAAAUGUUAGUUUGGGAGAUCCGGCUGUAUUCCAUACGUUUGUUCCUGGUGUUCCUCAGGGAAGCUGUUUAGGUCCUCUGCUGUUUGUGUUAUUUUGGGAUAUCUUCCAGACUGUAAUGUUUAUUUCUGCUCCUGUACGCAGACGAUGAACAAUUCUGUUUCUUUUGAGACGAUCGAUACAGAUACAAACCUUCUAAUCGUCUGGCAGUCAAUAAAUGCAUCAGUUAUGGUUUCUUAUAUUCACAUUGUUAAGAAAAUAAAGGAUUUCAUUGGCAAUA